UUUCCUUUUUUUGACUCUCUCUUUGGGAAAAGAUAGAUACCUACUCCUUGUUAGUACCAAUCGUGGGUCAUCGAUUUCAUUCCUCUGUUGUUGCCCUUCAUGGCCCAGGGUUUUGAUUAUUCUCCGAAGAAGUUGAUGGCUUGUUCAAGUCGAGCAGAGCAGAAGCAGAGCAAGAAAGAGGAACUCGAUGAUGAUUUCGUCGUGCUCGACAUCGCCGCUCUUUCGCCGCUCGUCGCCGCUGAGAUUGAUUCCACUGCCAACCCUCGUCUUUCGAGAACUCUUUCGAGGAAAGGAUCCCAGCGAGCCGGAGCUGAAAAGAACACGGCGGCGGCGGCGGCGGCGGAGCUCGCCGGCGGGGAGGAGGAGGCUAGUGUACACGUGGCGGGUGAAGGAGUCAGUAGCACCGUUGCACAUGCGACAAGCCAUAUAGGCAAGUGCCGGAAGGUGGCCGGCCGGCGAGCAUCGCUCGGAGUGGACCCUCGUCGGGUGUUAUUUUUCUUUGCCACCCUGUCAAGCAUGGGAACUCUCAUACUGUUAUAUUUCACACUUUCAAUGAGUAAGAUGGCAGACCAUGUAGCAGAUGCUAGGUGACACACUAUAGCCUGACACCAACUGCCUAGAAAAGCUUAAACAAAGAAAGUGUGUGCCGGAGGAUGACCAUGUCUUUCUCUCCUUUCCAUGCUAACUUACAGUCACAGAAGUAGUUGAGAAGAAAGGCAGAGAACCUACUUUUUCUUGUUGUAAAUGAGGACAAAAGGUUUAAAGGCUAUGCAGGUCUGACAAAGAUAAACAAACACCAUGGGGAGUAUAUAAUAAUACUUAAUUUGAUAUAAACAGGAGAGAUGUUAAUGUACCCUCUUUACUAUUGUAAGUGAGUUUUAUUUUGUGGUUAUCAUGGACUUGAUAAAGUUGAAAGGCUUAUAUAGUAAGAAAUAAUGGCACAUGGAGGAGGUACCUGUGAUUAA